AUGAACCACUACCAAGCUGUGGGCCUCGGCCUGCUCGGCACAGCUAUCGUCUACUACCUGGUGGCUUCUUUCCUUGCAAAGCGGUACCACGCGAGAAAGGCUAGAGAGUUUGGAUGUCAACCAGCCUGGGAACGGCCUUACCGGUGGCCAUUUGGCACUGACUUGAUCUGGGAACUUAUUCAAGCCGACAAGGACCAUGUUGUUCCCAACUAUUUCCUGGACGUCUACAACAACAGGACUGGAAAAAGAUCAACAUGGGCACAGAAUAUGCUGGGCACCAUGGGCUACGUGACUUCGGAUCCCAAAAACAUCCAGGCGAUCCUCGCUACUCAGUUCAAUGAUUUCGAGAUUGGAGAACUUCGCCGCGGCAAUUUCUUCCCCAUGCUGGGCAAUGGCAUCUUUACCACUGACGGCAAAGCAUGGGAACAUUCUCGGACUCUUCUCCGCCCGCAAUUUGCUCGCCAACAAGUCUCCGACUUGCAACUGGAAGAAAUCCACGUCCAAGACAUGUUCAAACAUCUCACGACCCAAAACGGGUGGACAAAUCAAGUUGACUUGUCCCCUCUCUUCUUCCGUUUGACGCUGGACUCUGCCACGGAGUUUCUGUUCGGCCAGAGUGUGGACUCACAGAUAGCUGCGUUGCCUGGCUAUACUCAAAAGACCCGAGAACCUGGUGAACUGGACUGGACUGCCUUCGCAUCCUGCUUUGACGGUGGGACCAACGCUCUCGGCGUCCGCGGAAGAUUGGCAGAGCUAUAUUGGUUGUACAGUCCCAAGCACUUCUACGAGAACUGCAAGGAAGUCCAUCGAUUUGCCGACUACUAUGUCAAUCUCGCAUUAACCACCGAUUUAUCAUCGCUGAGCGAGCACAGCCUGGAAAAGGGCCAGAAGAAGGAGAAGUACAUCUUCUUGAAGGAACUUGUACAACAAACACGAGACCCCAUCGAGCUUCGAAGCCAACUACUGAACAUUCUGCUAGCCGGUCGCGAUACGACAGCCGGUCUGCUUGGAUUCACGUUCUACUUAUUGGUCAGGCACCCCAAGGUCUUCAAGAAACUGCGUGAGACUAUAUUGGAGGACUUCGGCACGUACGAAGACCCCAAGGCGAUCACCUUUGAAACGCUCAAGGCUUGCUCGUAUCUGCAACACGUCCUGUCCGAAACACUUCGCAUAUACCCCACUGUGCCCUUCAACAGUCGCCGCUCAACCAGGGACACCACCCUCCCUCGUGGCGGAGGCCCCGACGGCAAUUCGCCGAUCUAUGUCAAAAAGGGGACGGAAGUCAACUAUUCGGUCCACGUCAUGCAUCACCGGGAAGACAUUUGGGGGCCCGAUGUGGAAGAAUUCAAGCCCGAGAGAUGGAUUGGGCGACGACCGGGUUGGGAAUUCUUACCGUUCAAUGGUGGACCGCGUAUCUGCCUCGGACAGCAGUUUGCGCUGACGGAGGCCGGUUAUGUAAUUGUCCGCAUGCUGCAGAAGUUUGACGGCAUCGAGACUUACGAGACCGACCCAAUCGUGCGCCAUGCGUACGGCCUCACCACUGCGCCCUUGCGCCUUCCUGUCCGUCUCCACGAAGCCUCUGCGAAAUAA